AUGCCAUGUGCCCAGAGGAACUGGCUGGCAAAGCUUCCCUUCCUGCUCCAGGUCCUUAACUUCCAGGCGCUGUGCUGUAGUAGACUCCCCCAACCCGGCACUUUUUACUUUCCGGACAAGAGGCAAGAAAGCUUUAUCAAGACAUUACAAGAAUAUCACCUGGUGGGUCCCGUGAGGGUGGAUGAAAGUGGCCAUUUUGUAUCUUAUGCUCUGAACCACCAUGUCACCAAUGCCAGGAAGAAGAGAGACCUCAGGGGAAAAGAUGAUUGGGUGUAUUACAAAAUUUCUCAAGAAGACAAGGACCUGUUCUUUAACUUGACUGUCAGUCGGGGAUUUCUCUCCAAUAACUACAUACUGGAGAAGCGAUACGGAAACCUCACAGGGGCCAAGGUGUCCUUUCACUCAGGAACCUCCUGCCACCUCACUGGUACGGUGUGGCAGCCAGAAACCGACUAUGGAGUGGCAGCGAUCAGUGUCUGCAAUGGACUGACUGGAUUUUUUCGCCUGCCUCAUGGAGACUAUUUCAUCGAACCUGUUAAAGAAUUUCAAUUUGUGGAAGGAACGCACCAUCUGCACAUCAUCUACAGGAGACCAGCCCAUCCAGAUUUCCCGCGGCAGAAGCUGGAAACCCUCAACGUGCAUCCAGCCUGCAGACUAAACGAUAGUUUCAGCACUUCCCAGGAACAAGAAAUCCAGCAGGAAGGGUGGGAGAAAAAGCACUUGUCCAGCAGAAGGCUCUCUCGGCGUUCUAUCAGCAAAGAGCGGUGGGUGGAAACCCUAGUCGUUGCAGAUACGAAGAUGAUUGAAUACCAUGGCAGUGAAAAUGUGGAAUCUUACAUCCUCACAAUCAUGAAUAUGGUCACAGGGUUGUUCCAUAACCCAAGCAUUGGCAAUGCUGUUCAUAUCGUUGUGGUUCGUCUCAUUCUUCUGGAGGAGGAAGAGCAAGGAUUGAAAAUAGUCCACCACGCAGAUAAGACGUUAGCCAGCUUCUGCAAAUGGCAGAAGAGCAUCAACCCUAAGAGUGAUCUCAACCCUAUACACCAUGAUGUGGCUGUCCUCAUAACCAGAAAGGAUAUUUGCUCUGGAGUGAAUCAUCCCUGUGAAACUUUGGGUCUGUCUCAUCUCUCUGGCAUGUGUCAACCUCACCGGAGUUGCAAUAUCAAUGAAGAUUCUGGGCUUCCUCUAGCGUUCACCAUUGCCCAUGAAAUCGGACACAGUUUUGGCAUCCAGCAUGAUGGAAGAGAAAACGAUUGUGAGCCUGUUGGAAAACAACCAUAUAUUAUGUCCAGACAAAUCCAGUAUGACCCUACUCCCUUGACCUGGUCCAAGUGCAGUAAGGAAUACAUCACCCGCUUCCUAGACCGUGGAGGGGGGUUCUGUCUGGAUGACAUCCCCAAAACAAAAGGUCUGAAAUCCAAGGUCAUUGCCCCCGGAGUGAUCUAUGACAUUCACCACCAGUGCCAGCUUCAGUACGGCCCUAAUGCUUCCUUCUGUCAGGAAGUUGACAAUGUGUGUCAGACCCUCUGGUGCUCGGUGAAAGGUUAUUGCCGCUCUAAAUUGGAUGCUGCUGCUGAUGGAACACGAUGUGGAGAAAAGAAGUGGUGCAUGGCUGGUGAGUGCAUUACAGUGGGAAAGAAACCAGACAGCAUCCACGGUGGAUGGGGAGCUUGGUCUCCCUGGUCCCACUGCUCUCGGACCUGUGGGGCAGGUGCCCAGAGUUCUGAGAGACUGUGCAAUGAUCCAGAGCCUAAGUUUGGAGGAAAGUACUGCACGGGAGAAAGAAAGCGCUAUCGCCUGUGUAAUAUCCUCCCGUGCCUCAAGGAGACACCUUCAUUUCGGCAGAUGCAAUGUAGUGAGUUUGACACAGUUCCCUACAGGAAUGAGUUCUACCAGUGGUUUCCAGUCUCUAACCCAGAAAGACCCUGCGAACUAUAUUGCCGACCCAUAGAUGGCCAGUUUUCUGAGAAAAUGCUAGAUGCUGUUGCUGAUGGUACACCUUGCUUUGAAGGAAACAACAACAACAGAAAUAUCUGUAUUAAUGGCAUGUGUAAGAUUGUCGGCUGUGAUUAUGAAAUAGAUUCCAAUGCGACAGAAGAUGGUUGUGGAGUCUGUUUGGGGGAUGGUUCAGCCUGCCAGACUGUGAAGAGGAUCUUCACCCAGAGUGAAGGGUUUGGUUAUGUGGACAUUGGGCUGAUCCCAAAAGGAGCCAGGGGCAUCAAAGUUGAGGAAAUAGAAGAAGCUGGAAAUUUCCUGGCUGUGAGGAGCGAAGACCCAGAAAAGUAUUACCUGAAUGGGGGGUUCAUUAUCCAGUGGAAUGGAGACUAUAAACUUGCCGGGACGGUGUUUCAAUAUGACAGGAAAGGAGACCUGGAAAAUCUGAUUGCAGCAGGCCCCACCAACGAGUCAGUGUGGCUCCAGCUUCUCUUUCAGGUGAAUAACCCCGGGAUAAAAUAUGAGUACACAAUUCGGAAAGACAGCCAUGAAAACGACAUUGAGAAGCCAGAGUACUUUUGGCAAUAUGGAAGCUGGACAGAUUGCAGUGUAACAUGUGGGACAGGUAUCCGCCGGCAAGCUGCCUUUUGCGUGAAGAAGGGGAAAGGCAUGGUUAAAACCUCAUUUUGUGAUCCAGAAGCCCAGCCCAACAGGCGACAAAAGAAAUGUCAAGAGAAGGACUGUCCUCCCAGGUGGUGGGCAGGAGAGUGGCAGACCUGUUCAACCACCUGUGGUCCUCAAGGGGAGAAGAAGCGAACGGUUCUCUGCAUCCAGACGGUGGGAUCGGACGAACAGGCCCUGACCGCCAAGGAAUGUCAGCAUCUGCUCAAGCCAAAGACCUUCAUUUCCUGCAAUAGAGAUGUGCUGUGUCCGUCUGACUGGACAGUCGGAAACUGGAGUGAGUGCACGGUUUCCUGUGGUGGAGGAGUACGCAUCCGCAGCGUCACAUGUGCCAAAAACAGUGAUGAACCAUGUGAUGUAACUAAGAAACCAAAUAGCCGGGCACUCUGUGGCCUCCAACAGUGCCCUUCGAGCCGAAGAUUCUCACGGCCUCUCCUGCAUCCCAAUCCAGGAACACUCUUUAACAAGAGGAAUCCAUCCCGGCCUACCCAAGAACCUUCGGGACUCACUGUUAACCCCGUGCCUAGUCAGAGGUCCUUGACAGCACCCACUGUGCCAGGAUCAACGAGCUGGUUGUCCUUGAGGCCCACUCCCCCUGGCCCCAUGACAUCUUCUCCAGAGGGAUCACCACAAGGAACGCUCCCAAACAAUUUGACCGAAUCAGAAAACCAUGACCCCUUUGUCUCUCCUGGAGACAUUUCUCAACAGAAUAGUACUCCCUGGCUGAUGAGCGUAACACCGAGAACUGACCGAACAACCGACCACUACCAAAAGGAGAGUAUUUCCAGUUCAGAAACAGGUGCCACCUCAGAAGGGCCUGGCACCAACAAUGACCUCAUCUUACCACACACCGUGAGCCCAGGGACUUUCCAAGUGACCCCAGGGUAUGACUACUUGACGGAAGAGCCAGAAACCGAGACACCCAGUGGAUCGGGAGAAGCGGAUGAACCACCUACUGACAAAUCCCAAAGCAAUCCUGUCAUAUGGACUGAGAGUGAAAAAUCCAAAGUUGAAACCCCUUCUAUCAGUAGCACUGACACACCUUCUCAGCUGUCACCCCCACCUUUUCACAGUGAGUCUUCCAAGUCGUCUUCAACAAGUCCAGAAGAGGGGAACCUACUUUCUUCAACAACAGCCAGGCCUGAAGAUACCCCACUCCAAUUCAGCAUCCCAGGGACAGAAAAGACUUUGACUGAGACGUUGUUGCCAGAUGGGAAAGACGAGCAGACAUCACAGGAGAUGUUUGUCAACUCUAAAGAAUUGGAACCAUCAAACAAUAAGACUUGGGUACAGGGCACUGACUCUCAGCUGACUGAAGAGGAUGCAAAAAGCCUUAUUGCUGAGGGCUUUUUGCUGAAUGCCACAGAUUACAAGCACCUGGAAGAGGGCACCGCAACACAAAGGACAGUUUACUGGAUUGUGGGCAACUGGAGUGAGUGUUCUACUUCCUGUGGCCUGGGGGGUUUCUGGAGGUCGGUGGAAUGCAGCACUGGAAGGGAUGCAGAUUGUGACGCCAUUCAAAAGCCUGACCCUGCAAGGAGAUGUCACCUUCGUCCUUGCGCCAGGUGGAAAAUGGGGAACUGGAGCAAGUGCUCCAGGAACUGUAGCGGUGGCGUCAGGGUCCGCCAAGCUCGCUGUGUUGACAGUCGUGCCCAGCAGAGUCUCCAGCCAUUUCACUGCCAGUUGCUAGGAUACAAGCCUCAGCUGAGCAUGGGCUGUAAUAUCGAGCCCUGUGUGGAGUGGCUUACUGGACCUUGGAACGAGUGCUCUAAGUCAUGCGGCGGUGGUUUUAGGGAGAGGCUAGUGCACUGCCCAGGACGUCAUUGUGAUUGGAAGAAAAAACCUAACUCCUCUGCCCAAUGUAAUGAGCAUCCUUGUUCUCGCUGGGUCACCGGAACCUGGAAUGUGUGCACCGUUUCAUGUGGAGGUGGCCUUCAGCAAAGGAUCGUACAGUGCAUUAGCACGGAAAACAAUAAAACGCAGGACCCCAGCCAGUGUGAACAUGAACCUAAACCUCUCAAAUUGCAGAAAUGUAACACCCAGGAGUGCAGGAUCAACACAGAUCCUCCAUGCAGCGGUGAUAAGCUGUCAGCUCAUUUCUGCCAGAAGCUGAAAGCCAUUGGGAAAUGCUCCACCCUGGCUGUGAGGGCUCAGUGCUGCCAUACCUGCCCCAGACCCCCGAUGCUCCACUCCAGGAGACACAGGAGUCAGCAACGCCACAGAAAACCCAAAUUCCUCUGAGACCAUCCUCCGCCAAAGACAGCAACGGUCUGCUGGGUAUGAUGAGCGACCUGGGCGCUGGCUGCAACAUUCAAGGUUCCCGUUUCCAUCUUUUAUUUGAAACUUGGAUCCCUUCACCCCUUCCCAAACAGGAAAGAAUCCACACCCUAAUGGGGAAACUCUGCCUGAAAAGAAAUCCCACUGCCUUCUUCUAGCCCUCAGCAUGAUCUACUGUCAAAGGAUGGGGAGACAUACUGUAACAUCUGCCAACCCUAUGGGGAAGAUGAGUUGCCUGGGACAUCUGGGGGAUGGAUUCCAUCAUUCUUGACUGAGUGUGGGUAUGGGGAACUCUAGAGUCUAGAGGCUAGACUGCAAUACAGCUCUGCCCUGCUUAAGGAAGAGAGCUUGCUUCAAUUCCUUCCACCCAACAACACAGCUAUCUCUAGGCCCAGUGCCACCCGUGCAAACACCAGUCCAAACCAACAUUUCAAUCCCUUCUUCCCUCAAACCCAAAGGGAGGGGCAGAAAGCAUUUGUUUCGUUCUGAGGUAGGCAGAAGAAAAUCAGUCCCCCAUCAAUCAAUCCUAUUUAUUGAGCAAUUACUGCAUGCAAAGCACUAUAUUAAACGCUUGGGA